GCACAGGGCGAUAAGAUCCAUUAUUUUCAGCCUAAAAAGGUAUGAAAAUUGCUGAGAGCAACUUUCUGUAGGAUGGGACAAGCUGUGGGUUUUUUCAUUCUGUACGUGACUCUGCUGGAAUGUUUGGGUAAUGAAGUAGAACCAGAGAGGCACUCCUUGUACUAUGAGUACACAGGCCUGUCUGGGAGCACCUGGUCCCCUGGCCUCUUCCAGUUCACUGCCAGCGGUCUGCUGGACGGCGUACAGAUUGACCACUACAGCAGCGCGAGCAAGGUGAAACGUCCGAAACAGGAAUGGAUGAGAGACAAUCUUCCUCCCUAUUAUUGGGUGAAAGGCACAGAAUCACGCAGGCGUAAGGAACAGUGGUUCAAAGUUAGCUUGUACAUUCUGAUGGAUCGGAUGGGGCAUGAUGCAAAUGAUAUCCAUUCUCUUGCAUGGAAGGUUGGAUGUGAGGCCCUCAAAAUUCCAGAUGGUUCCCUCCAGUUUGUGAGUGGCGUCAAUGAAUACCACUACGAUGGCAGGACUUUCCUUUUCUUCAAUGCCACUUCGAUGCAGUGGGUGGCACCCGUCAAUGAAGCUCUACCAACAAAAGAGAAGUGGGAUGGAUUGCCGGCCCUAAGCCGGUACACCAAGGCCUACCUGGUGAAAGACUGCAUGAAGUGGCUGGAUGAGUUCGUACAAUACAGGGACAAUGAUGCUGCAGAGAGUAUCAAAUCCAGUAAUGAAGUAGAACCAGAGAGGCACUCCUUGUACUAUGAGUACACAGGCCUGUCUGGGAGCACCUGGUCACCUGGCCUCUUCCAGUUUACUGCCAGCGGUCUGCUGGACGGCGUACAGAUUGACCACUACAGCAGCACGGACAAGGUGAAACGUCCGAAACAGAAAUGGAUGAGAGAAAGUCUUCCUCCCUAUUAUUGGAUGAAAGGCACAGAAUCACGCAGGCGUAAGGAAAAGUGGUUCAAAGUUAGCUUGUACAUUCUGAUGGAUCGGAUGGGGCAUGAUGCAAACGAUAUCCAUUCUCUUGCAUGGAAGGUUGGAUGUGAGGGUGUCAAAAUGCCAGAUGGUUCUCUCCAGUUUGUGAGUGGCGUCAAUGAAUACUGCUAUGAUGGCAGGACUUUCAUUUUCUUCAAUGCCACUUCGAUGCAGUGGGUGGCACCCGUCAAUGAAGCUCUACCAACAAAAGAGAAGUGGGAUGGGUUGCCGGCCCUAAGUCAGUACACCAAGGCCUAUCAGGAGAAAGACUGCAUGAAGUGGCUGGAUGAGUUCGUACAAUACAGGGACAAUGAUGCUGCAGAGAGUAUCAAAUCCAUAUCCGAAGAUGGAUAUGUUAUGGAGAAACGUGGGGAAUCCUGUACAUCUAGUAAUGAUUCAGAGCCAGAGAGACACUCCUUGUACUAUGAGUACACAGCUCUAUCGAAGGCCACCGCACCGGGUAUCUUUGAGUUUACUGCCAUGGGCCUGCUAGAUGGCCUAAAGAUUGAUUACUAUAACAGCGUGGACAAAGAGAAAGUUCCCCAACAGGACUGGAUGAAACAAAUGCUUCCUGCAGACUACUGGGAGAAGGGCACACAAUCACGCAAGAGUAAAGAGCAGUGGUUUAAAGUCAACUUGAAUAUUCUGAUGGAACGCAUGAGGCACAAUGCAAACGAUAUCCAUUCUCUUGCAUGGAAGGUUGGAUGUGAGGCCCUCAAAAUGCCAGAUGGUUCCCUCCAGUUUGUGAGUGGCGUCAAUGAAUACAGCUAUGAUGGCAGCACUUUCCUUCUCUUCGAUGCCGUUUCGAUGCAGUGGUUGGCACCAGUCAGUGCUGGUUUACCAACGAAAGAGAAGUGGAAUGGGGUACCAAUCCUCAAUCAGUACACAAAAGGCUACCUGGAGAAGGAGUGUGUGGAGUGGCUGGAUAAAUUCCGAAAAUAUAAGGACAUGGAUGUCAAAGAGAGUCUAAAAUCCAAUCCCCCAAAGGUCCACUUCUUUGCCAAACGAGGGAGGCCGCAUGCGAAAGUGUUGUUGACAUGCAUGGUCACAGGCUUCUACCUGAAGGACUUGGAGAUGGCCGUUCUGAAGAGUGAUUGGCGUGAGAAGAAUAGCAACAAAGAUGACGUCAUUCCUAAUGGUGACGGUACCCACCAGCUCCGACUGAGUGUCCUGGCAGAGGAGGAGGAGCUGCAUUCGUACAAAUGCGAGAUUACGCACAGCACACUCGACAAACCUAUUGUGGUCAACUGGAAAGAAGAUGAAGACCUCCAAGAGAGACAUGGAGGGUCCUCUUCAUAUGGAGUGCUUAGUGUUGGAAUAGUGCUGCUCAUACUCGGAGCUGCGCUGGUGAUGUACGUCGCCAAACAAAAAAAGUGGUAUGGACCAGAGACAAAAGGAUAUAAUAAGUGUGGAUGAGAUGAUGUGCACUGGAUUAGAAAUCGAGCAUGCUUCCAUGACUUGUAGCCCGCUCUGCACAUUGGCUGUUUCCCAAUGCCCAGUGUUCUAGCCUUUCUAGGACAUGAAACGCCCAGUGAUGGUUAUACUCUUUGAUGAACUCCAGGAAGUAUCCAAUCACUAGGCGUUUCUCAUCCCAGCGAGGCUAGAACACUGGACAUUGGGAAACAGCCAUAGUGAAAUGGUCUUUGUGGUAACUUCUUGUUGCCUACUGGUGAUGUUCAUGUGUUGAAUGUAACUAAAUAAAUAAGUUAUUUUUCUGAGGACAUUUCUGUCUUGUCAGUGACUGAGGAGAAAUGAAUUGGGUUUCUAUAUUUUAUUGUUGUGUACCAUAUAAUGUAAUGUACUGUAACUUACACCUAAAUUGUAAUACCGCCUGUAGAGAUUCAAGAGUUUAUUGUCAUUGUCAAGAAAUGCAACUAAAUUGUGUAGAGAAUACCAGAGAGGGAUUUUCAAACUCAAGGCGUUCUGGCCAACCCAAAAUGUAAGCUAAAGUGUAAACUAAUGUAGUAAUUUAAUUAUUUGCCCAUUAUUCUUGACAAUGUCUCUGGCGGCUGUCAUAAUACAGUUGUCUUGCAUCAUCUAUCAAGCAGUGUUGGCAGACACAGCAUCAUGUGUUUAUGCAGGUCUUCUCAGGUAAUAUGGUUAUAAUAUUCUUGUAAUAUAAUAUGGUUAUAAUAUUCUUAUAACUCUAAUUCUGUUGUGGGGCCUAUAGGACAAUGUUAGCAAAAUAUAAUGCACUUCAAGAGGUCAGAGUAGUGAUAUUGUAAGGCACAUUUCAUAUAGGCAGAGCAAAACAAUAUCAUCCCUAUUGGCCUACACCCCAAACGUUCAUGUGUACACACAGUGUUGCGGUGAUCUCAGACUUGACAAUACAAAACCAGUGAAAAUCGGAUUAAACAUAUAUCACACAAGCGAUAACAUAAUAAAUUACCCUGUAAAUCCCCAUAGCCUAAAGACAGGUGAUGUUUGGCUGGUGAUGGGAAAAAGUUAAUUUAGAGCCCUGGUGAUGGUAUUUCAUUAUUAAAAAAAGAAUGUGUUUGUUUUUUUUAUCAGAGAUUGUUGUGAAGUUAGCGUUAGCGAUAUACAGUAAAAAUGUGGUUCCAAUACAGUUUUUGAACAAAUUGGAGUAUGAAGUGAUUUCUUGUUUGUGAGAGA